AAAACAAAACUAAACGUGAGCUUUUGAGGUUAUAAAUUACGGACUACGGUAUUUAUAAUUUUAUUUCAGUUCGCAAUAAUUCAAUAGUGUAAAAUUAAUUUCUUAUGUACCUCAAUAGUAAAGUAUAAAAGGAAAACAAUAGUUAAAAAUGGGAAAGCAAAAGAAGACAAGAAAAAUAGUCGAGAAAAGGUUUGCACAGAUGAAAAAGCUUAUAAAUCCAAGAGAUAGUAGAAUAAAACCCGGUGAAAGAGUUGAAUCAAAGAAAAAAACUGAUCCAAACACUAUAAAGAUCCGUGAAGCACCACAGCAAAGCUCGGCUCUGUUCUUUCAAUAUAACACGCAACUCGGGCCACCUUACCACAUUCUAAUCGAUACAAAUUUUAUUAACUUCUCUAUCAAAAAUAAAUUAGAUAUAGUACAAAAUAUGAUGGACUGCUUAUAUGCUAAAUGCAUUCCGUACGUAACAGACUGCGUACUGGGUGAGUUGGAAAAACUAGGAAGAAAAUACAGAGUUGCAUUGAGAAUCAUAAAAGAUCCAAGAUUUGAAAGAUUGGCUUGUAUGCAUAAGGGUACAUAUGCCGAUGACUGUUUAGUACAGAGAGUGACACAACACAAGUGUUACAUUGUAGCUACAAAUGACAAAGACUUGAAGAGAAGAAUAAGAAAGAUACCUGGAGUUCCAAUAAUGUACGUAGCCCAGCAUAAGUUUACUAUAGAGAGAAUGCCGGAUGCAUAUGGGGCUCCCAAAGGAGCAAUUUAGUUGUACAAUAAACUAUUUCUAUACAUAAAAUUAAACUGUUAUUUUUGUUGAGCAA